GAAGACCCCCGAGCAUAAGCUCGUCCAGUCUGAACGUUUCAUCUUUUAAAGACAGUUUUGGGGAAUGUGCUGGGUUCUGUUUCUCAUGCGUUAGCUCAGGGCACGUUAAUGUGGUUUCAUUUAAAUUUUGGCUGUCGGCUUUCCCGCUAACUGGUUAUUUCUCAUUGAAUAUGUUUAUAGCAUUCUCCCCAAUGGGUCUUGUGACAGCUCCUUCCUUAUGUACCACUUCCUCCAGGCUUCGAAGGUUCUCCAGGGCAGGGGCAAGACACACGUUCCUGACAGCACAACAGCAUGGGAACCUCAGCUUCCUAAAGCCCUGGCAGUGCAUAGCCCUGCAGUCACAGAAACAUCACUUACAGAGCGUUAUUUCCCUUUCAGGAAUCAUCAUCCAUCACUAUGAAAAACAGCAUCCUGUGAGUUUCCUUCCAGCUGCCUCGUCGUCCGUCUCAGAUAAGCUGUGCUCCGAGCUGUCCUGGGGAGAAAUGGCCUUCCGUGGCUGGAGGCGGCUCCUGCUGGGCAGGCAGAAUGCCCUGGCCAGGGCUUGGAGGAGCAGGAGGGGAGCCCCCUCGCUGCGCUGGAAGCGCUGCCGCCACUGGAGCGCUGGCAGGACUUUGGACCCCGAGGUGAGGGCGUUUUUGGAGGAGAACACGGAGGUCACCAGCAGCGGGCACCUCACGCCAGAGAUACGACUGCGCCUCCUCACCCCUCGCUGCAGGUUCUGGAGGGAAAAGCCUGACCUGUGGCCAUAUGGGGACCCGUUCUGGGCAAUUUACUGGCCAGGAGGCCAAGCCCUGUCCAGGUAUAUUCUAGAUAAUCCACGUGUUGUCAAAGGGCGAUCUGUUUUGGAUCUUGGAAGUGGAUGUGGAGCAACAGCGAUAGCUGCUGUGAUGAGUGGUGCAUCUCAAGUCCUUGCUAAUGACAUCGACCCUAUUGCAGGAAUGGCAAUGAGGUUGAACUGCGAACUGAACCACCUGGAUCCCUUCCCCAUCGCCAUUAAGAAUAUCAUUAACUCGGACGCUGGCAAGUGGGACCUCAUUGUUCUGGGCGAUAUGUUUUAUGAUGAACAACUUGCUGACGGUCUUCAUCGCUGGCUGAGGAAAUGCAUCAGGAUGCAUCAAACAGAAGUGCUGAUUGGUGACCCUGGCAGGUAUCAGUUUUUAAGCCACAGCAUUCACAACCAGCUCCACAAAGUGAUAGAAUAUUCACUUCCUGAGUAUACCAGACAGGAAAACAAUGGAUUAACAUCAAGUAUCGUCUGGAGUUAUCAGCCCUCAUCACAUAGCUUAGAAAGCUGUUAAAGCUGGCUUUCUAAUCAAUGUUGUCUCACUUGGGUGUUAUUUUUUUUUUUUUUUUGGAAGUACAUAAAAUGAAAAUGGGAAUUAAACAUGGAACAUACCUGUUAAUACCAAGUAGAUUACUGUUCCUUCACUCUAGUGAGUUCAGUCACGUUCAUUGAGGCUUUGGAUCUAUUUGAGGUAAAAGCUACAUGCAAACUUUCUUCAAUGAGACCUGCUGAAGUGCAAAUCCAAAGAGAAAUUACACUUCGGAGUUUGCAUGCUUGAUGUUCUUUGUCUAAUUCAUGUGGUAGUCUCACUCCUUGGCACUGCUGUGAAAUGUUUCAGGCGUUCAGUAUACCACACUGGGGAGAGAGGAAGAUGGCAGCUGAAAGAUUACUGCACUGCUUUAACACACUUUACAGAGGAAAUUUAUUGUUGUCCUUUGUAUGACUCUCUGCUAGAUUAUUAGCUUACAGUAUACUAAAUUCUAAGUGCCUUGCUCUGUUUCUGGAUAUCUCUUCUGAAUGUCCAAGUAACUAACUUGUGUCUCCCCCCUCCCUCUAAAAUAAAUCUAUUCUUCCUUGAA